CUCUCUUCUCAGCGGGCCCUCCUCUGCACCUGCGCCCGCUCGAUGCCGGCGUCCUGCGCACAGCCACCACCUCCGAGCGUCCAAUGACCCGCGCGCCGCACCCUCGCCCGGCCGCCGCCCGCACCUGAGCGCGCUGCUGAUGCAGACGGCUCGCCGGCACGCCCGUGCCGGGCAGGGCCAUGUCGUCGCCUUUGCCUCGACACACUCGGCCUGGCUGCUGGCGCUGGCUGCGAGCGGCAUCGUGGCUCUCGCGGCAGUCGAGAUCGCGACGCUCGGCGCGCCGCUGCUCGUCCUCCUGGCCCUGCUGCUCGUCGCGGCCACACUGCUGCUGCCCGCCGCGCUCCUCGGCCUCUCCUACCUCGCCGACGAGCGUGCCUCGCCGCGGCCGCCGCUGCGCAUGCGCCCGCUGGCCUUCACCGAGCCCGCUCGCUGGGCGCGGCGGCAGCGCGAGCUCGGCCGCCCGAGGCCACCGCCGGCGCCGCUGCAUCCGUCCAAGGCAGUCAGCGAGGCCGCUGACGGGCUGAUUGCGCUGGUGCUGCGCGACUUUGUCUCGGCAUGGCACACGCCGCUGUCGCUCGGUGGAGCACCGCCAGGCGAGGCGCCGCCGAGCGACUUCCCGCAGGCCAUCGAGGCGGCGAUCCGCGCCAGCCUGGCCCGCACGCUGGAGCGCACGGCUGAGGUCGACGUGGCGACGCUGGGUGUGCGCCGCCUGCUGCCCAUCGUCACGGCACACAUGGCGGCGCACCGGCACGCCACGGCACAGCUGCGUGGUGCGGCCAGCGAGCUGAGUCCGGCGAACAGCACGGCCGAGGACGAUGUGUUUCUGGCGCGCGCAUACAACGACGGCGUGCUGCACCCAGCUGUGGGCGCCAUUGCCAGCGCCGACACGCGGCACAGCGAGCGGACGCAUCUGCGUGCGCUCGUCGAGCGGGCGCUGCGGGUCAUCAUGCCGGCUCGCGAGAGCGCAAGCCCUGCAGUGUGGACGGUCACGCGGGAGCUGGUGGCGUGUACUAUUCUGCUGCCGGUGAUCGAUGCGCUCUCCGAGCCGGACACCCUCAACGCGCUGCUGGAUCAGAAGGCUGGUGCUGCCAUUCAAGAGCAGAAACUCAUUGGCCGCCUGCGAGACGCGCUCGACCAGGAGCAGACGGCGUUGCCGAGCCGAGGCCACGCGAGCGGCACCAGCUCGCCGUGGCAGACCAUCUUGGGUAAGAGCGCCGCCAAGUCUACGCGUCAGACGGACAAGAAGUCGCGCUCGUUUGCGUCGUUCCUGGCGUCGAUCGAGACGAUGAACGUGCUUGAUGCUCGCCGGACGCGCAGCGACCUCGUGCAGCAGAUCCGCAAGACGCAGGGCCUGCUAGAUGCCGCGAGCCCUGGCACCGCACAGCAGGCCGCGCUGCGGCGCCUGCAGACUGCGGUAUCGACUGUGGAUGCGCGUCUCGCGCUUCUCGGUGUCGAUCAAGCCGAGGAUGGCAGCGACAAGCUCGCGGCUGCUGCGCCGGGCGCCGCCGUGUCGUCCUCCAGCGUCCAGCUGCGCGACAUCUUGCGCAGCCCGAGCGCCAUCUCGCACUUUCUCGAGUGGAUGGAGCGCAAGCAGCGCGGCAUGCUGCCGCAGUUCUGGCUCAGCGUCGACAUGUUCAAGGGCCCGCUGGAGGAUGUCGAGAGCGACAGCGAAGAUGAGGGCGAUGCGGCUGCGAGCGGCAAUGCCGCGCCGCGCGAGGUCCAGGCCCUGCGCGAGGACCUGCGUCUCUUCGCCGACCACUACUUCGGCUCAGAGCGUCUGAGUAUCUCGCAAAGGCACAUCGACGUCGUGCGGAGGUUCUUGGACACGUCGCCCGAAGCGCCGACGAGCCGGCGCGCCGUGCACGUCCUGCGCCAGAGCGUGCUUAAGGCGCAGCGUGAGAUCGAAGGCGAGAUGCUGGAAGACGACUGGCCCGCAUUCAGACAGAGCGCCGGCUUCUUCAGCGCCGUCGAUGACCUGGCACGCGAGAAACAGGCAGUCGUCGGCUCGCCCGCGCCUGCGUCGCCAGACGAGGCCGUCUUUCCAGACGGCGUGCUGCAAGCGGGCACGCCCAAGAUCCGAUCCCGCGCAGCACUGGCGGCCGUGCCUUUCGCCUCAGCCAGCCCUCUCGCAGCUGGCGGCAGAAGCGCGCUCGUUGGCGAUGCCGAGGAGGGUACGCAUUCGCCUCGGCUCCGCUCAGGCCAGCUGCGCGCACCGGCCAUGACGCAGAAGCUCGACCUCCUCAUCGGCGGCGCCGGCACGACACGCGGCUCGAGCGGCCGGGCGCCGCUAUUCCAAGAGGCGCUAUUCGGCGAGGAGGACGCGGUGUCAGAGGACGAGGCUGCGGAGGAGAACGCGGGCGAGACGCUGCGAGCGGACCGCAUGGAUGCGCUCCAGCACGCACUGAGCAGCAUCAUCGACGAAGACGGCCAGCCUAGCCUCGACCCUGCGCGGCAGCGCGUAGCUGCUGGCAGUCGGCCAGCCCGUCCCCUGAGCGUCGCUAGCUCGGACAGCGGCGCGCGGAGCCCCGUUCCCGGGCCCAGCCGCAGAGUCUCUGAAGCGACUGUGUCCGCAAAGGCACGCUUCGCGACGGCCAAGCGCGAUCUGCGGCCAGCGUUCAAGCGCUCUGGGACUUCGGGCGGAGACGAGGAGCAUUCGCAUCGCCGUUUGGCCGUCUUUGGCGACGACACGCAGGAGUCACCCACGCAGGCUGCGACUGUCAGCCUCGAAGAUGACGUCGCCGAGCUCCACCCCAUCCGCGCGCAGACAGCCCGGCCAAGCCUGGACUAUGGCGCCGAGCUCGCGCGCGUCGAUGCCGAGAUCGCGCGCUUGAACGGCCAGCUCGAGCUGCUCGAUGCCCUCGUCCGCAAGGCCGAGCUGACCGGCGCCAGCGCCAAGGAGACGCGGCUGCUGCAGAAGAGCCACAGCACGGUGGCACGCGAGCUGCGCGAGCACUGCUGGGAGCGCACGCAGAUCGCCGAGCGGGACGCGCAGUCGGCGCUGCUGCCGGGCCGCACCGAGGUCAGCAUUGCACAGACGUCGGUCGGCCACGAGCAGGACGGCAAGGACUAUGUGCAGUACAUCAUUGAGGUGAUCCGGCUCGCGGCAGACGAGCCAGGCGAAGAUGCAGAGAGCCGCGUGCAGAGCGGCCACGCGGUGAGCCGCCGGUAUGCCGAGUUCCAUGCGCUGCAUGUGCGCCUUCGCGAGCGGCUGCCUGAAGUCCGCGCGCUGGAGUCUUUGUUCCCCGGCAAGCGGCUCAUGGGCCUCGUGCACGCGCCGUUUGUCGACAGCCGGCGGCAGUCGCUGAACCGCUACCUCAAGGCCCUCGUGCGCAUUCCCGGUGCGUGUGCCAGCCCCGAGCUGCGCAUCUUCCUCAGCGCCACGCAGGCCACCGUGCCGAGCUCGCUCCUGGACGCCGCCGCCGCGAGCGCCCGCACGCAGACGGCAGACGACACGCCGGCUGCGAGCCACGGUUUUGUGCGCAGCCUCUUUCGCAGCGUCUCGGGCGUGGCCGAGGGCAUCGAUGACCUCAUCUUCGGGCCGUCGAUGCUCGAGGUCAUCGCCACACGUCUGUCGUCAGGUGCGUCGCUGCUCGGCGCCGCGCCGGACCUCGCCAGCCUUACCGCAGCGAUGGAGCCAAACGCCUCAGCCGCCGAGCUCAAGGAGGCAGCCGCUGCCGGCCGCACGCCGUUCACCGAGCCGCUGUGUGCACUCCUCUUUGAGCUGUUUGAGCUGCGCGAGAAGGACCACUGGCUGCGGCGGCAGAGCCUGGUGAUCGUGCUGCAGCAGGCCCUCGGCGGCACCAUCGAACGCAAACUGCGCGAGGGCGUGCAGGCGGCCCUGUCGGCGUCGGCCAUCGUCGCGCACCUCGCGACGCUGCGCAACCUCAUGUGGCCCGACGGCAAGCUCAAGCCGGCCUCGGUGCCGCGCACGCCGGCGCAGAAGGCCGCGCUGCGCGAGAGUGCGCACACCAAGAUGAGCACCAUCAUACCUGACGUCGCCGCCUCCUUCAUCGGACGAGAGAACGCCCGUCGCGGCGCCCGCCGGACGUGGGCGCUGCUGCAGAACAAGCGACUCAACAAGCACCUCAUAUACACCCUGCUCGACGCCGCGUUCGACGAGGCGUUUGGCAGUUCGUAGCGCACAUUAUACCAUGCCUGAAUGUCACCAUAUUAACC